AUGGACAGUCUACGCCUGCUUCACCGGCAGCUACUGAGCAUAAGAAGCACAAACGUACGAGAAGUGGCUGCUUUACUUGCCGUGCCCGUCGAGUUAAGGUCGUACUAUUGUGUAGAGGUGGCUGCCGAAUACUUAUUGACACUCUUAUAUCUAGGUUGUGGAAAAGGAAAACGGGAGUGUAUCUAUCCGCCUCCGCAGGUUCCAAAAUCAACAAAGAAACAUAGUGUGAAGGUUGAAGAGCCCUGCCCAGUGAUUGCUGAAAGCGGACCUGAAGGUGGAGAGGUCGAGAAGGGUCAAAAUACUGGGCAAGGUACACUAAGCAGCUCCCAACGAGCAAAAUCGCCGGACAACACAGGAGUACGGCACACAGGUAAAACUAAGAGGAAAAGCCCCGGAACUCGCCGAUCUACCAAUGCCAGCCAUAAACAGAAAUCGGUUAAUUCAGAGGUCUGGACUACCUCUCAAGAUACCAGUGCAUCCCCCGCCAGUGAUACGACGGUACAUUCCACAGGGUCCCACAGCCCUCCAGCCCAUGCCGAUAUUUACUGGGAUCAAUUCGAUGAUAACCCGGACUCGGUGUCUAGCAUUGCAGAUACCCCUGGCCUUAGUGACGAUAUAAAAUUCUUCCUAAGGUAUCAUACGCAGCAUAUUACGCACUCACACUACAUGAUGAAAUCUGUUGCUGCUAAAUUUAUUAGUGAAGACCUGGUGAAAUACGCCUUAGAAUAUGAACCUCUCCUGUAUGCCUUGGCUGCAUUUUCUGCCUAUCAUUAUUCUAUUAAACAUCCUGAUGGUCGACUCUAUACCUUUCUCCAAUACUACAACAAAUCCGUUUCAUCCCUGCUCAGUUCUUUAAAAAGUCGUCAGCCGCACAGAGAUGCCACGAUUCUCACUAUACUUCAGCUAACCACUUUCGAGGAAUACGUUGGAGACUGGGUCAAUCUGAUCGAUCAUCAUCAUGCAGCUCAUCAGAUGAUUCUUCAAAUGUACUCACCGGACACAAUCUUGGAUGACAGGUUCCGCACGCACAUUAUCCACUGGAAUAUGCGGUACGAUGUCAUGGCUGGUUUAAUGGCUGGUAAUGCCACAAUCCUAGGCCGAGAAUGGUAUAUACUAGCGGAGAAGCAGGCCUACCAGGAAGCGGCAGAUGAUCCCGACUCUCUGAGCAAACAGCUCUUUGCCUUUUGUGCAAGUAACAAGCGAUGUGCGGUCGAGAUGGCCUCUCUUGUAGCCAAUGUUUCUCAGAAUAUCAUCUCGCGAGAAGAAUUCCUCGCCGAAUCAAGAAGGCUCACGGAGACAAUGAGAGAAAUGAUCCACAAGGUUAACGAAUUCAAUGAUCCAAAUUAUCUUGUCAUGGACUAUCCAGAGAAGAUUCCAUUGGAGGCGGACGAUAUUGUCGAUCCCUACGUUCCAGGAUUGGUCCAUACCGGUCCAUUCAGUGAAGUGGAUUUAGUUAAACUGGAGCUCCGAAGCAGUCUUUUUAUGUACAACUGCUAG